AUGGACUGUUUCGUGGACAACUUAAAUGAAGAUGAGGCUGAAAGAGAGAGUCUCCUUGCUAAACCCACCUGCUUCAUCAUUGUGGGGAAACCGGGCGUUGGAAAAUCCACCUUGGCCAAAAAACUAGCCCAGUCCUGGAAUUGCAUCUUGAUUGAUGAUACAGAACUACUGAACACACACAUAAAAAAUGGAACAAAACAAGGCACUGAGCUCUUGGAUAUUUUAUCUGAGGGGAAAAGUAUACCAGAAGACAUGGUGUUCCAGCUGAUCAUUGCCAGGCUUAACUCUCCAGAUGUGGAGCACUAUGGCUAUGUACUGAGCUGCUUGCCCUUCAUGUCAGAAGCAUGUCUGAAGAUACACGAGCAGAUUGAUCUGAUCAAAAACCUCAGGCUAACACCUGAUUUCAUCAUCAACAUCAAGUGUCCAGACAAGGACCUAAUACAGAGAUUGUCAGGUGUGAGGAAGCAUCCUGAGACCGGCCAGUCGUACCUCAGGGAACAGUGGAGCAUUGAAAAAGUGGACAAGAGGAAGAAAGAAGAGAUAAGAGAAGAGGAUCCAGUGGAGGCUGAGGAGGAGCAGGAACUCCACAAUGACAUGAUUAACCAAAUGGUGUGGCUGCCCGAGAAUUCCACUGAAAAUACUUCUCUCAGUAUCAGCAUGUACAAGGAAACCACGCUGAGAUCCCUGGAGGAUUAUAUGGUUGACCAUGACCCUGUCUGCUUGUUUGAGCUGGAUGGAAACAGCAGUCCUGAAGAGCUACACGCGUCUGUUUUGUCCCGCCUGUCAUCCAUGGCAGUGAAGCAUGUUUCUGUUCCUGUCCGCCUCCAUCUGAAUGAUGAUGAAGAACUGCCAGAUGUGACUGACAUGGAGGAGCAUCUGAGAGCUAUGUCCUCUGCUAAGGCAGUGGCCCCUGGCUUCAGGUGGAGAAGGAGCUGCUGGGGCAGUACCUGUCCUGUUGCUUUGAAAGAAGGCAUUGUUAUUCAGGGCAAGCCUGAAUUAUGUGUGGGCUUCCAGGACAAAAUAUAUGUCCUGUCAUCUGAGGAGGCCUAUCAGAAGUUCCUUUUAAACCCCCGGCAGUACUUGCUUUCUCCAAUGCCCAGACCCCCAUGCAAGGUGUCUAUCAUUGGUCCCCCACAGUCAGGCAAGAGCACCCUAUGUAAACUUCUAGCCCAGCACUAUGGAGCGGUGGUGAUUGAUGUAGAGGAGCUGAUACAGCCACUGAUGGCCAAACUGGAGCAAGACAGGCUAGACAAAAUAAAGGAAGACGCAACCCAGACUGCUAUUGGAAAAAUCAAGAUGAAGAUGGAGAUGGAGAUUGGUAGCACACUGACAGAGGAUCACCCAGAGGUGAAAGCAAUGGUACUUAAUGCAUUGAGAGAAGCCAAAGAAGUACAUCCAGCAGCCCCUUCUGAGCUGUAUGCUGAGGUAUUGGAAAAGUGUAUAAAAGAGAUUGAAGAGGCAGAUAGGGAUGUGGAGGGAAGAACCGGCUGGGUGCUUGACAACUUCCCCAAGAACUUCUCCCAACUGGAUGGCAUAAUGCAGUCCACUAAUGGGAUCCUGCCAGACAUCCUCUUCUGCCUCAAAGACAGUGACGGAAGGACAGUGCUGAGGAGACUCUAUGAGAUGAACAAGGGCUCUGUGGACAAAGCCAUAAAAAACAGGCUGCAGGAGGAAAAAUCUAAGAAAGAGAUGCAGGCCUUGUUAAAUCGUAAGGAGCAGGAAUCAGAGGUUUUGGCCAAACCAGGGGAACUGCAGACUAAACUAGAUACGGUUGCUGAAGAGAGUGAUGAAAACCAAGACCAAUCUGACACAGAUGACAGAACGCAGCCUGUAAACACGGAAAUCAAAGAUAUGGUACCACCCGAUAAGUGGGAGUUUGGUUAUCCAGAUGUGCCAGAAAUGAAUCACUAUAAAGAGCAGCUGAAACAGUAUGCAACAGAAAUGGAGAGUUUGAUGUACAGCAACUACUCAGUACUGGACAUUGGUGGCAAGAGCCCUGAGGACCUGCUGAAAGAGAUGAUCCACCUGAUGGAGAAACCAUUCAAGUAUGUGUCCUGGGAGCUGUCGGGAACGGACUUGGAUGAGGAAGAAGAGGAUUGUCAGGCUCUGGCAGAACUGGAGAGAGCUGAGAAAGGCAAAGAGGACGAUAAUGCAGCAGAUGGAGAGAAUGAAGAAGACACAACCCCUGAAAGAUUAUUGGGGGAUACUCAUCACUUCUGCCCCAUAGCCUUAAAAGACCAUGACGUCCUGCGGCCCUGUACAGACAAAAUUGUAGCCAAGUACCGUGAGAAGGCCUAUUACUUCUCCAGCUCAGAGGCCAGAGACCGCUUCCUUCAAAACCCAGCAGAAUUUGUCACACAGACAGAGCCUAUUAAGCCCCCUGCCCUGAGAGUGUUUUUGCUUGGCACCCGUGGUUCAGGCAAGACUACUCAUGGUGAGUGGCUAGCCCAGCAGCUGGGUGUCUUCCACAUUCAGUUCAGGAAUCGUCUUCAAGAGCUUAUCAUGGCCAAGACUCAGAGCCAAGUGCUCCAUGCGGAUGAGGUGCAACCCGCAGAGGAGACUUCUGAAGAGCUGGAGGCACUGAUACAUGAAGCCAAGGGCGAGGAUGAGGGGGAGACAGAGAGUGCUCCUCUCAGUGAACAUGACAUGGUGGCAGAGAAUGAAGUGGCGCUGACCGAUCAAGAAGAGGCCAUCAAAGCCUACCUGUCCGAGGGAGAUCCUCUGCCUCCAGAUGUCCUGGAUAUUGUGCUGGCGCCAUAUUGGAAACAGGAGCCAUACAAGUCCACUGGUUUUAUCCUGGAGGGCUUCCCUCAGAAUGCUGAUGAGGUGCAGUACAUGGUGGAGCAGCACCUCUUCCCUGACGUUGCGGUGAUCAUGGUGGUGGAUGCCACAGACAUCGUGAGCCGCCUGCUGCAGCGUCACCUGGAACUCUGGCAGGAACGCCACAACCGCCGCGAAGCACAGAAAAAACUCAUCAGUGACUUACGUCAGAAGAUUCGGGACGAAAACAUUGCCAAGAGAAGGGCAGACUUCAUGGCAGAGGAAGCCAAUAAAUCCUCCAGAACAAAGAUAACAAGUAGUGAGGAUGAAGAUGAUGACGAAGAAGAUGAAGCAGCAGACAACAUGGAGGAGAAGUGGCAGGCCAUACUGGAGGAGGAGUUCCCCCCUGAAGAGGACAGUGAUGACAUGGAGAGUGAGGAGACUGAGGAGGCAGCUGUUGAGAGGCUGGAGAUGGAGAUAAGAGAACGUUUUGAAACAGAUGAAAACAGCCUCACCAAUGUGAUGGAUCUCCUGAGUGAAGAAAACAUCCCCAAAGUGUUAAUCACUGCCUCCCGUAAGCCACGGAUUGUGCGUUCCCAACUGCUCCGGAAUAUCCAGCCACUGCUGACCAACAGGGAAUCGCUCUUCCAGCAAUGCCGACCCAUCAGUCACAGCCUGGCCCGCAAGCUCCUACAGUCCUCCUACAAGUUCCACAGUGCCUUUGGCUACUGGGACCCCAUUCAGUACACAGAGGGGGACUUGAUACAGCCAUUGCAGGGGCCAGUGAAUGCCACUUACCCUCUUCUUUUGAACCAGUAUAUCUACUUCUUUGCAUCCAAGGACACCUGCAAUACCUUCAUGCUCAACCCUGUGAAGUACCUUAAGCAGAGCAAGCCCAACCCCUCCUUCCCCAUUAAACUGGCUAUCACCGGACCACCCAAAUCUGGAAAAACUACUGUGGCUCACAUGUUUGCUCAGAAGUACGGCUUGGCACGGCUGUCCAUUGGGUGUGUUAUACGCAUGGUUCUGAACACGCAGGAGCACACUGAGCUGGCUGUCCAGCUGAAGCAGCGUCUCGCCAAGGGCCUCACUGUACCUGAUGAGCUGGCAGUUCAGUGUCUGGAGGUUGUGCUCAUGAGCUUGGUCUGCAGCACCAGAGGGUACGUAUUAGACGGAUUCCCUAUGACAAUUAAGCAGGUUGAGUUGAUGGAGGCUCAGAGCAUCAUCCCCAUGACAGUAGUGGAGCUGGGUCUGGACACAAUGGAAGUGCUGAACAGAGGCCUGAUCGACAAGAUGAGACCAAACAAGCCUCACCUGAUGCUCGACAGCUCCGAGAUCCUCCGCAUCCGUAAUACCUGUUACAAGCAGGAGGUGGAGCCUGUGAGGCAACACUUUCAGCAACAGUACAAGAACUGGGUCCUGGUGGAUGCAUUGAAAAGCAAAUGGUGGGUCUGGAAUAGGAUUCUAGAGGAGGUCCGCAUCAGCAUCAAAUAUAUCCAGAGCUACCUGAAGAGGACAAGCAAAGGCCAGGCAGCCUGCAUCCACAGGCUGUGCAUCACUCCCAUGCAGCUGCAGUCUCGCCUGGGGGAGUUUGACCAGUACUGCCCUGUAUGUCUGGCUCUGCAUCACCACCUGGUGGACUCCUCAGAAAAUGUAUCCCUGGCACAUGCAGCUGAGUACAGGGGACACUACUACAAGAUGUGCUGCAGAGACCAUCUGGAGUGCUUCCUGGCCACUCCAGAUCAGUUUGUGAACCCUGGCUGCCCUUACACUCUCCCACAGCCCCACCUGCUGCCAAGGAAGUUAACCGAGCCUCAGGUGAAGAACAGGUUCCCACAGCAAGUUGAGAUGAGGGGCUUCUGCCCUGUCACUUAUCUGGAUGGAAAGCAGAGAUAUGAAGCCCUGGUUCGAGGAAACAUGGAAUAUGCUGUGGAAUACCGGGAACGCAUCUAUAUUUUUGAGACAAAGCAGAAGCAGGAUAAAUUUUUAAGGCUUCCUGAAACCUACUGGGAUCAGAAGGUGCCCAAUAAGCUUCCUCCAGUUUGUGAGCCUGUGCUGCUCACCUCUCUCCCAAUGUUGGGCUACUUGCAACAGGGUGUGGCAGAAGCAAUCAUCAAGGCCAUGACAGCUGUUGGCUGUCUCAAACCAAAGUAUCCCUUCCUAAGUGUGCAACGAUCCGCUCUCCUCUACGUAGCUUAUUAUCUAAAAGCUUUCAACCACAAGGGCUCAGACUAUACCAGAAAGAAGUACAAACAGAAGCUGGCCUUGUUUGAAGAGAGCUGUGCACUCAUCCCCUACCUGGGCUCCACCAUGACAAGGAACUACAAGCCUCCUAAUGAACAUCCCAUCGACUUUGAGUAUAAACUCCGUAGGUUUUGGGCCUUGGGAGAUUUGCCAGGAGCUAAUGGAGUGUUGUAGCCUGUGAUAGCCUGUUGUUCUCACUUGACUUCAGCAAAACAUUUUAUAAGGUUUGGAAAAAAAAAAGUGUGGCAGAAAGGCAAUAUUAAAGAUGUAUGUGUUUCAAAAUGCUGUGACAGUAAGUAUGUAUUUGAACUAAAGGAACUUUUCUGGCCUCGGG